AUAAAAAACCAACAAAAUAAAGAACCGUCAUAACCAUAAAGACGACCUGUUUCGUAUCUUUAAUAUUACUGUAGUUUAGUGUUCUAAAUACAAAAUGAGCCAUUUAAACCAGUCCCAAAUUAUUCAAAGACAACAGGAUCUAACACCUGAUCAAAACGGUGGUGUUUUGAAACAAAUCGUUAAAGCCGGCAAAUACGAAGGAAAACCGAUUCUGGACGAUGGUGUUCUAAUUCAUGUAAUUGGAUCGUUGAAAAACGACGGAAAGGUAUUCUUCAACACAAGAAAAUUGGGGAAACCAUGGAAAACAAAACUGGAAUCAGCCGAUUUGCCUGCAGCACUUGACAUCGCAAUCAGAACGAUGAAAAAACGUGAAAUCGCAAGAAUUACUUGUAAACCAGAGUACUGCUACAGAGACGUAUGUUACCAGCAGAAGGAUUUCGUGUGCGAAGUACCUGCGAAUUCAGAAGUUGUGUUCGAAGUUGAACUGAUCAAUUUUCGAUUUUAUGAUCUUACCAAAGAUAAACAUAGCGGUGUGACAUUGAUGCGACGAUUCAAAAAGGGUACUGGUUAUUUUUAUCCAACGUAUGGUUCAGAAGUCUGCUGCGACAUAUCCAGCUACGAUGACUACAAGGGCUCAGAAUUCGGGAUGGAUUAUCCAGGCUCCGGCGGUCUAUUAUACAAUUCCGAUGACGACCAUAUCAGCAAUUAUGAGCUCGGGAAUGUACAAUUGCCUGAGAAUAGUGAAUUCCGAAAAGUCACAGUAGUUCACACCGACACCAGUGAGUUGACCUUGAUGCGUGGAAAGUCGUCGAAGUUUAUUGAGAAGAAUGACUUCACGUUUACACUUGGCGAAGGGGCAUUAGAGCAAAUACCGGAAGGUGUCGAAAUUGCCAUUGAGAAUAUGCUGGUUGGUGAGAAGGCAUUGUUCAUGGUAAGAUAUGACUAUCUGAAAGAGAUGCUGACUGACGAGGAGUAUGCCGAAUAUAAAAAGAAUUCGGAAUUCUACACGUUUAUCAUAACACUGAAAUCGUGCACGAAAGCUACAGAGUUUUAUGAAAUGAGUAGCGCUGAACGCAUUGAAGAAGGCCUAGCAUGCAAAUUGAAAGGAAAUUAUUUGCUAACUCGAAAAUUUAAUGCAAAAUUAGCUUUGAGAAGAUAUCAACGAGCAAUUGAUUCACUGGAAAUAUCAAAAGAUUUAGAUGGAAAGAAUGCUAAAAGAGAUGACAUUUUGUUCGACUGUUAUUUGAACAUCUGUAAGGCCUAUUUUGAUGCCAAAACACCGGAAUUGUGCGAAAUGUACCUGAACAAAGCUCUGAAAAUGAAGCCACAAAAUGAAAAGGCGAUGUACCGCAAUGGUCUACUGCUCAUGGAACGAAAAAUGUACCAGGAAGCGAAAGUGAAUUUCGAGAAUUUGCUUAAACUUUAUCCAUCGAAUAAAAUCGCGAAUAAAUUGUUGAACGAAUGCGAAUGUAAAACGCUCAAACAAUCGUCCGCCGAACACAAUUAAUUGGCCAGACUAUUCCAAUGUUAUUCUAUUGAUCAUAAUUUGUAGCCGCGAAAAUCGGAAAUAAAUUAAUUUAACUGAAUAAAAUAAAUAUUGAAUGU